GGCACCGACACACCGAUCUAUAAAGUUAUUAAGAUAUGAAUCACUCAACGCACUUUGCCUCAGGUAGCAAUUUUCUCACGACACCUUUGAGAAUUCCGCUUAAAUCUCAUCGCCCAGCGAAAUGCUAAUCGCCGAAGCGCCGCCUUCUCCGAACAACCACCGAGCACUUAAUCAGCACUAGUAGCGUUCCGAACUCGUCGAGAUGCAGUCACCGCCGGAGAUUCCAGCCUGGUUGACGGACAGCUUCCUGCAGGAGAUCGUCCGCCGUGCCAAGAAUGACCCGUUCGCCACGUUGUGCCACCGCUGCAAGGUCCGACCGGGAGUUCAACGGGGUCAAAACUAUUCGAGCGUGCUGUACCGGACUACGGUGCACUACCGCGGGUCGGGUUUACGCGCCCGUGAGCAGGCCAUCGAUUUGAUGCUCAAGUCCGAGUCGCGGGAGGUGCUGCUGCAGGAUCAAACCAUGUUCCACACGGAGAUGCGGAUGUACGGCGAGGUGCUUCCGGCGAUGGAGCUGGCUUUGGAGAAGGCAGGUGAGGCGAUCAGCGUUCCGCGGUUGAUUUACAGCGCCGAGAAACCACUGCGGAUGAUUGUGAUGGAGGAUUUGUCCCCGGCGGGAUGGGCCAUAGCCGAUCAGAUCGAUACGUAUGAAGAAGCGGUUCCGGCGAUUCGAGCGUUGGCCAAGUUUCACGCAGCUUCGUUCGUGCUGAAUCAAGGGAACACCGAUCUGUCCAUGAUCAAGAACAACUUCGUCGACUUUGCCGGGCAGUUCAUGCAGCUGUACUGCAACUUUGCCGACGUCGUGUGCACCUGGGAGGGCUUCAGCCACAUCGGUUCCAAACUGCAAGCGCUCAAGUCAACCUUCCUGGACAAGCUAAAACGAGUGUACGUGCCAAACCGCGGAGCAUGUAACCCGUACAACGUGCUGAACCACGGAGACUUCCACGCGGGAAAUUUACUUCACAAAACCAAGAACGGAAAGAUCACCGAAACGGCCAUGAUCGACUUCCAGCUGUGCCACUGGGGUUCGCCGGCGAUCGAUCUGCUCUAUGUGCUGUACCUGGUUGUGAGUCGGGACGUGAUGAACGCCCACCGGGACAGGCUGGUCCGGGAGUAUCACCAGAGCUUUGUGGAGUACCUCAGUGGGCUAGGUAACCAGGGGUGGGUGCCCUCGCUGAAGGAUCUGCACAGCGAACUGCAGAAGAAGGCGUUUCUUGAACUGUUCAUCGAGGCCAUCCUGCAGCAGUUCCGGACGGUGAACGUGAACCAGGUGGCACUGGAGGAGUUUGUGGCGGGGCGUGUGCCCGGUGCUGGGAUCAACAACGAGCGUUAUCGGGAGCGGGUUCGUGAAAAUUUGAAGCAAUUGCUGCGGCGAGGGGCAAUGGAUUAACAUGGGAAUUAACUAAAUUUUAAGAUUCUAAAAAUUGGGAAACAUUAUUUUCAAUAUAGAUUUGCGUUUGGAAAAAGAGAUAAAUUUGGUAAUAACAAAGCAUGUGAAUUUCAUUGAAUUUCGGGGCAAUCCAUCACCCCACCUGUUCCUUUAUUUAGUAAUUCUAGACAACUGCCACUCUCGCUUUGCCGACAAUUUUUCAAAGAUUUCUUUUUGUAUGGAGUGUGGACCAACUUUUUUGGUUAAAUUUUGCUUACAAAACAAGUUUAGUAUCCACUUGACUAAUAAAAGAAAAAUCAGGGAGUAAAAAUAUAACUUUCGAAAACAUUAAAAUUUCAAUGGGAAUAGACAUAGCUGAAAACAUUGUAAAAUGCAUUUUCCUCCGUUGUAAAAAAGGUUUUUAUUUGCAAAAAAAAUCGUCCAUAGUUUAGAAAACUAAUGAUGUACAAAAAACAAAAUUGCGAUUCAUUUCAAAACACUUUUUUUUAUUUAAAAUCAUGUUUAAAUCAUGGUUUGUUAUUUCAAUGUUUGUCCCUUUUAAUUUUUUUUAAUUUUUGUAAUACUAAACAUAAAUUUUAUCAGCAAAUUAUCGAUUAAAUUAAUAUUUCAGAAAUUAUUCAAAGCUAUAAAAAAAUUAUACACCUGAAAAAUAAGCCGAAAAAAUGAACUAUUCAUCGGAGAUAAAAAAAAUAAUAAAUAACAUAAUAAUCAGGGCCGCUUUAAAUAUCAGUUUUAUUUCCAGCAAAUCCCUAAAUAUAAAUAAGUAUUGAUUUUUUGUUUUGAAAUUAAAUAUGUAUUAAAUAAUAAUAAAUUUUUUCUUUGGCAUUCUAAGUGGUAUGGCCUAAUGUUCUUCAUUUUUGUUGUAUUUUUCGUUUUAUUAAUAACUGAUUACAUUUUUUUAUUAACU